CUAUACAGUUAUUGAUAUUAGCCGUGAACGCCAUCUUGGAUCUAGAAGGUUUCUAAACGGGGAAAACAGGAAAAUAGAUACUUUCGUUCUUAUUUUGUCAUUUCCCCCACUGGCUGAUGAUGAAGAAACACGAGUCAUGACGUCGCCUCUUUAUUUACUGAUAUAGUUAAAAUCCGUAAAUCUGAGAGGAUUGUGGACUGAGGAAAUUUCCGCAGUUUACUAUAAUUUGAGUUUGUUUAUGUUAUUCAACCCGGACAUGGACUCUUCUAACCCAGACAUACCAGAUGACUCCGGUGAGGCCCAGGCAAGCAGCAGUGCUGUUGUGCCAAAAGGGUCCAAUAAGAGACGAGCUGCGCCAGACUUCGAUGAUGAUGAUGAUGAUGAUGAUGGAAGCAAGCUCUUCAGGUGUGAUGACGAUGGAGGAGGAGGAGACAAAGAGCGAUUUGCCAGGGAGAACCACAGUGAGAUUGAGCGGCGGCGGAGGAACAAGAUGACUGCUUACAUCACAGAGCUGUCGGACAUGGUUCCCACCUGCAGCGCGUUGGCACGGAAACCAGAUAAGCUGACCAUCCUGCGCAUGGCCGUGUCCCACAUGAAGUCUCUGAGAGGGAGCGGCAACACUGCAGCAGACGGGACAUACAAACCAUCCUUCCUCACCGACCAGGAGCUGAAGCACCUGAUCCUGGAAGCUGCUGAUGGCUUCCUGUUUGUGGUGUCGUGUGAGAGUGGGCGGGUCGUCUACGUGUCAGACUCCCUGACCCCUGUUCUUAACCAAUCACAGUCUGACUGGCUAGGCUCCUCACUCUACGACCAGCUCCACCCGGACGACGGAGACAAACUACGAGAGCAGCUCUCUACUGCAGAGAGUAACAAUACAGGGAGGAUGUUAGACCUGAAGACAGGAACAGUUAAGAAGGAGGGACAGCAGUCCUCCGUCAGGAUGUGUAUGGGAGCCAGACGAUCCUUCAUAUGUAGGAUGAGAUGUGGUUCGUGUCCAGUGGAGCCCAUGUCUAUGAACAGAUUGAAUUUCCUACGGAGCAGGAACAGGAAUGGUCUGGGCCCACCCAAGGAUGGAGAGCCUCAGUAUGUGGUGGUCCACUGCACUGGAUACAUCAAGUCCUGGCCCCCCACAGGGGUGAAUCUAACAGAUGAGGAAGCAGACAAUAUUCAGGGGAGUCGCUACUGUCUAGUCGCCAUCGGUAGACUUCAGGUGACCUCUUGCCCGAGCGACACAGACAUAAACAGCAUCAGCGUUCCGGUGGAGUUCAUCUCUCGUCACAACUGCCAGGGCCUCUUUACCUUCGUAGACCACCGCUGCAUGGCCACAGUGGGCUACCAGCCUCAGGAACUGCUGGGUAAGAACAUCUUGGAGCUGGCCCACCCUGAGGACCAGGGUCUGCUGAGAGACAGCUUCCAGCAGGUGGUCAAGCUGAAGGGUCAGGUGCUGUCCGUCAUGUUCCGCUUCCUGUCCAAGACCAGAGACUGGCUCUGGAUCAGGACCAGCUCCUUCACCUUCCAGAACCCCUUCUCUGAGGAGAUAGAGUACAUCAUCUGUACCAACGCCAACGUCAAUAGAACCUCGACUCAGGACACCCUCACCCCCCUCUCGUCCUCAGGGGUGUCUUUGCCCCCCUCGCUGGGGGAGAGCAGUCCUAACUUCCCCCCUGUGUCCCACAGCCCAGGGCAGGUGGCUGCCAGACAGUUGCAGCAGCAGCAAGCAGAGUUGGGGGGAGGAGGGAGAGAUGGUCUGUACGAGGCAGGACAGGUUACACUUCCACAGAUGCCUGUCCAGGCCGUGACCGCAGCUGGAACUGACCACAGUAAGACCAGGGACAAGGCAGAGAUGCACCCCUCCAUGUACCCCAACCCAGACCUGGCCAAGUUCCUGCCCUCCACCUCUGCCCCCGGAGCACCCACCUACCCUCAGGACAACAACUACACCACUGCCAACUGCUCCAACAACACAUACAGCAGGUCAGUAGGGAUGGCUCAGAUGGUGCAGCCAUCCCACUCCGCAGGCCAGGUGCUGGCUCAGAUGGUGCAGCCAUCCCACUCCGCAGGCCAGGUGCUGGCUCAGAUGUCCCGUCAGAACGGGGCACCCCCAUCCAACAGCAGCCCCCUACAGGGAGGGGCAGCGGUGAGCUGGCCGGGGCCAGCAGCAGGGGCUAGACCCCCCUUCAACAACCAGCAGGUGGUGCCCCAGGCAGGGAAGGCCCUGUCUCCCCAGUUUGCCAUGGGGAGUUUUGUUGGGGGCUCUUCCUCCUCAUUUGGGGCGAUGCCCACCACUGCCGCUCCGACCCCCACCAUGGGGGCUAACUACCCAAAUAUCAACCCCCGCGCCAGCCUCAAUACCAACGGAUAUGAUGGCUUGGGGUCGGGGCAGCAGUUCCCCUCCAGGGCAGCGGAGGCAGUGUGGCCCCAGUGGCAGGGCCAGCAGCAAGCUCAGAACAGGGCAGAGCAGCACCCCCACACACAGAACAACCAGCCUGACAUCUUCCCUGAUGUUCUCGCCAUGCUGGACCAGCCGGCCAACUUCAACAACGAUGACUUUGGGAUUCCCAUCUACCCCUCUUUCAACGAGUGACCCCACAUACACUCUUCUACUUACCACCUCUGUCUCUCAAAUGUCUCUUUCUCUCUCAUUUGGUGCACUUUUGCUCUCUUUCUUCGCCUUUCGUGAUCCAAAGAGAGCAUGUCUAAUUAUCGCUCAGAUGAUUGCACUGCCAGGGUGGAGAAAGCGAGUUAAUCAGGGAAAAGAGAGAGUGAAAUCAAGUAUAGGUAUGCAAAUGCAGGUUCAAUAAACAUGUGAAAGGGGGAGAGAGAGAAAAGAGAUUCAGGGUUCAAAGAUAGUUGGGCAAAUGUAAAAUGACAUCUGUAGCUAGCACUGCCCAAGCUCCACAGCCAGUGGAUUUGUUGUAGAGAUGUAACACACAAUCCCACCUGAGCAUGCACAAGGCCCUGAGGCAGGCACUGCUUCACCAGUAACACACAAACAUGGCCUUUCACUAACCGAGUCAGCUGUGUGUUUAGAUCUAUGCUGCUCCACUGGUCUGUACAUCAUAUGGAUAGAUCAGUCCAAUCAUUCACUUGAAGUCUCAGGCAAUCCAGGUGAUCUACAGCUUUGGGGGAAUAUGUGGGAAUAUAUAUAUAUGGGAAUAUUCUGAUCUGAAGCCUGUGAAUAUCCUCUAUCUGCUCCCCUCGCUGUUUUAACUUAGCGGCCCGUAGCAUGUUCAAAAGGACACUGUCCUCACGCAGGCAGAUUUAUACGAACACUGUACAAACACUUUUAUAUUUGUACAUUGACGAUGUCACCUAUCAAUGUGGUUAUGGUGGUUUCAGGUGGAAAAGACGGAGAGAUGUCUAUGACUAGUGAGGGGGAGAGAUGUCUGACUAGUAAAGGGAAGAGGUUGAGAGAGAUGUCUAUGACUAGUAAAGGGAAGAGGUUGAGAGAUAUGUCUAUGACUAGUAAAGGGAAGAGGUUGAGAGAGAUGUCUAUGACUAGUGAAGGGAAGAGGUUGAGAGAGAUGUCUAUGACUAGUGAAGGAAGAGGUUGAGAGAUAUGUCUAUGACUAGUGAGGGGGAGAGGUUGAGAGAUAUGUCUAUGACUAGUGAAGGAAGAGGUUGAGAGAGAUGUCUAUGACUAGUGAGGGGGAGAGGUUGAGAGAUAUGUCUAUGACUAGUGAAGGAAGAGGUUGAGAGAGAUGUCUAUGACUAGUGAAGGGAAGAGGUUGAGAGAGAUGUCUAUGACUAGUGAGGGAGAGAGGUUGAGAGAGAUGUCUAUGACUAGUAAAGGGAAGAGGUUGAGAGAGAUGUCUAUGACUAGUAAAGGGAAGAGGUUGAGAGAGAUGUCUAUGACUAGUGAGGGGGAGAGAUGUCUAUGACUAGUAAAGGGAAGAGGUUGAGAGAGAUGUCUAUGACUAGUGAGGGGGAGAGGUUGAGAGAGAUGUCUAUGACUAGUGAAGGGAAGAGGUUGAGAGAGAUGUCUAUGACUAGUGAAGGGAAGAGGUUGAGAGAGAUGUCUAUGACUAGUAAAGGGAAGAGGUUGAGAGAGAUGUCUAUGACUAGUGAGGGGAAGAGGUUGAGAGAGAUGUCUAUGACUAGUAAAGGGAAGAGGUUGAGAGAGAUGUCUAUGACUAGUGAGGGGGAGAGAUGUCUAUGACUAGUAAAGGGAAGAGGUUGAGAGAGAUGUCUAUGACUAGUGAAGGGAAGAGGUUGAGAGAGAUGUCUAUGACUAGUAAAGGGAAGAGGUUGAGAGAGAUGUCUAUGACUAGUAAAGGGAAGAGGUUGAGAGAGAUGUCUAUGACUAGUAAAGGGAAGAGGUUGAGAGAGAUGUCUAUGACUAGUGAGGGGGAGAGGGGGAUAUGAAACUACAACCUGAUGUAUUCCUACAUAUACCCAGUAUAUAAGUCAAGUGUUUAUAUACGGUUAUAUGUCUACUGGAGGUGUUUGUAUAACUUUAUUGAUCUCAACCUGAAUGCACAGCAAUCCCAGGGUCCCUUUCUCACUCGUUUGUAUUCCUUCCUCUGUUGCCCAGGGUUACCCAGCACACUCUUCCUCCUCUCACGCUCUUCCUCAAUCAAGGACAUUGGAAAGCAAUAAUUUACAAGCAGGAAUUAUGUUAUUUUUUAAAGCCAUUCUUUAUUGUUGUCCUACAUGUUUUUAUCUUGAUUAUUGUUCUUGAAUAUGGAAAUACACAGGAAAUAGUAAUGAUUUGAUUGACUGAUGUUUUUAUUUUCUGGCCUUUUGAUUGGCUCUUCCUGUUUUGUAGCCAUCUCCAUUGCUACUUCGUGAUAGGUUGUUUUUGAUGUAUAUUGAUCAGGGCAUCUUGUUCAGGACAGAAAGGUCUUGUUUAGAACUGACAAGAUUCCUCAUUCAACAUGACACAGAAUCAUGCCAUGAUGUUUGGCCUGAAAUUCAAGUCAUCCUAAUCAUAUUCCAAACACAUGACCCAAUAAUCAAUGAAGCAGUAGAUGUUGAUUGUGAGUUUGGCAAUUAAUGUGGUUUUUCUUUUUUUGCAGUAGAUUCAAUCAAAGUUCAUCCUUAUCGAGAUAGUUUGACAUUCAUAAAUAUGAUCUGAAUCAAACAUUUGUUUUCUGAAAUCGAUUGUGAUGUUUAGUAAGUCACUUUAACACUCUUAUACAGGGAAUUAAGAAUUCUGAUUGGGCAACAGAGGGCUGUGAAUUUUAAGGUUCUGAAAUAAAAAAAAAAUUAAUUGUGUAGGUCUUUCAUUUGAAGUCUGAUAAUGUAUACAUGUCUGUGAGCGUAAUUCACAGACUUGCCAAAACAUGUGAAUUGUAUGUAAACUCAUCAGUUUGAUGACUGUGUUGUCUUAUUGUUACCACUUUGGUUGUUCCCUGUCCAGGUUUUUACAAUGAUGUGAGCUGCAGUUUAUAUAGCGCACACAGAUACACAAAUAUAGGAAUGUACAUGAAAUGUUCAACAAGAGAAAGUGAAAUGUUUGGUUUUUCUAUUAAAUUGUUAUAUUGUCAAGA